GCCGGGGCUGCCCCCCGAAUGACGGGCGGAAGGUUCGACUUCGACGAUGGCGGCACCUACUGCGGCGGCUGGGAGGAGGGCAAGGCGCACGGGCAUGGCAUCUGCACGGGGCCCAAGGGCCAGGGCGAGUACUCGGGCUCCUGGUCGCACGGCUUCGAGGUGGUCGGAGGCUACACCUGGCCCAGCGGCAACACCUACCAGGGCUACUGGGCGCAGGGCAAGCGGCACGGGCUGGGGGUGGAGACGAAGGGCAAGUGGAUGUACCGGGGGGAGUGGUCACAUGGCUUCAAGGGGCGCUACGGGGUUCGGCAGAGCCUGUGCACCCCCGCUCGCUACGAGGGUACCUGGAGUAACGGGCUGCAGGACGGGUACGGCGUGGAGACCUACGGGGACGGAGGUACCUACCAGGGCCAGUGGGCCGGCGGCAUGCGACACGGCUACGGCGUGCGCCAGAGCGUGCCCUACGGCAUGGCCACGGUGAUCCGCUCGCCGCUGCGCACGUCGCUGGCCUCGCUGCGCAGCGAGCAGAGCAACGGCAGCGUUCUCCACGACGCCGCGGCCGCCGCCGACAGCCCGGCCGGCAGCCGCGGGGGCUUCGUGCUCAACUUCCAUGCCGACGCCGAGCUCGCGGGCAAGAAGAAGGGCGGCCUCUUCCGCCGGGGCUCCCUCUUGGGAAGCAUGAAACUGCGCAAGUCGGAAUCCAAGUCCUCCAUCUCCAGCAAGCGCAGCUCGGUCCGCAGCGACGCGGCCAUGAGCCGAAUCAGCUCCAGCGACGCCAACUCCACCAUCAGCUUCGGCGACGUAGAUUGUGAUUUCUGCCCGGUGGAAGACAACGUGGACGCCACCACCACGGAAACGUACAUGGGCGAGUGGAAGAACGACAAGCGCACCGGCUUCGGCAUCAGCGAGCGCUCCAACGGCAUGAAGUAUGAAGGCGAGUGGGCAAAUAACAAGAGGCACGGAUACGGCUGCACCGUGUUUCCCGACGGCUCUAAGGAAGAGGGAAAAUACAAAAAUAAUAUUCUGGUCCGUGGAAUAAGGAAGCAGCUUAUACCAAUACGAAAUACAAAAACCAGGGAGAAGGUGGACAGAGCGAUCGAAGGUGCGCAAAGGGCAGCCGCCAUGGCGAGAACCAAAGUGGAAAUAGCAAAUUCAAGGACCGCGCACGCAAGAGCCAAAGCUGACGCCGCCGACCAGGCUGCUCUGGCCGCCCGCCAGGAGUGUGACAUCGCGAGAGCUGUGGCCAGAGAGCUGUCACCUGACUUCUACCAGCCAGGCCCAGAUUAUGUCAAACAGAGAUGUCAGGAAGGUGUCGAUGCUAAAGAAACUCCAGAAGAAAAGGUCCCGGAAAAGCCACCUACACCAAAGGAAUCUCCUCAUUUUUACCGCAAAGGCACGACACCCCCAGGGUCUCCCGAGGCCAGUCCCAAACAAGGCGGCUCUCCCUCCCCAAAGCCCGUGAAGAAGCAGAAUCCCAGCUCAGGGGCAAGACUCAACCAAGACAAAAGGAGUGCAGCCGAGGAGCAGGUGACGGCCACCGUCAAUAAGCCCUUGACCUCCAAGGCUCCCACGAAGGAGGUGGGAGCGGCUGUGCCCCACCCCAGGUACUCUGGCCGUCACCACGUCCCUAACCCCAGUAACGGGGAGCUGCACUCUCAGUAUCACGGCUACUACGUGAAACUGAACGCCCCCCAGUACCCUCCGGAGGACGUGGAGGAGGAGGAAGGGCCAAGCCAGUCUUCCUCGGCACUGGUGCCCAAGCCAUCGCCCAACAAGUGGAGUCCCCCUAAAUCUGUGACAAAACCAGUUGCCAAAGAAAGCAAAGCUGAGCCAAAAGCUAAGAAGUCUGAACUUGCUAUACCAAAGAAUCCAGCAAGCAACGAUUCGUGCCCUUCUUUGGAAAAAGAAGGCAAUUCGGGCCCUAAUUCAAUCGUGAUCGUCCUCGUCAUGCUGUUGAAUAUCGGGUUGGCCAUUCUUUUUGUUCACUUUCUAACUUGAUUGGAACUAGGAAAGCAGCCCCAUCCGGCGAAGUUCUUGGCAUUGGCUACUCCAUCUGUCCUAGCAGAGUGUGACUAAACUGGAAAUGUAUGGAG